AUGCCACCAGCGACCCGCAGCCAGACUGUCCGUCAGACAGUUGCACACGGUUACUCCGCCUCACCCAGCAGGUUGACGGACCAGGAAAAGGCCGAGAACAAUGUCCGCCUACGAGAACAGGCCAGUGGAUAUGCCAGCCGCGCGACAUCGCAAUCCUCCACUCGAUCAGCCCGAAGCAAAGCACCGGACGAACCGCCUCGAUUCGUGAUCAACCUCUCACUCCCACCAGAGCAACGAUAUCUCGAAGUAUGCGAAGCGUUCAAAGAUCAGAUACGAGGCCUGACACCACUCUCCGAUGAGGUCGUGGGAGACAUGGCAUCCUGGCUACCACUAAAAGGGCUGCAUCGAAUGAACAGGACAUUCCUAAGCGGCGUCCGUGAUGGUGAAGAGAACCGAGAAUUGAAGGGCAUAAGCAAGGCGACUGGCGUGGACAUGUAUCUUCUGGUAUGCUUCAACGUCCUUCUCGACCUCUUCAUGGGAUGUUCAUCGGGAGGAGCAGCGAUCUCAGAUGGCAACGGGGGCUCCAAGAUGGUACACUUCCGAACGCUGGACUGCGGCAUGCCUUCACUCAGAAAGAUCGUUGUACAGCUGGACUUCAUACCAGAGACGGACGGCCCAACGAUCGCUUCUUGCAUCACAUAUGCAGGCUAUGUCGGUAUCCUGACCGGUGUCAGAAAGGACUUUAGCGUGAGCCUCAACUUCCGACCAAAUCGGCUGGACAAGUAUAAAUUCUGGUCGGACACUAGAUACUACUGGCAUCUCGCGAUGGUCUUGCUGGGCAGACGACGCAGCGUCUCAAGCGAGCUGCGAAGUCUUCUUCUACCCACCAAGAUAAAGGCUAUCGACACGAUGACUGGUCGGAAUGGAUCAGCACUUACGACCACUGCCUGCUACCUUUGCUUCAGCGACGGGACCGAGACCACUGUCAUCGAAAAAGACCGAGCUACAGCAGUCUUUCGCUCAAGCAACGACUUCAUCGUCAUUACCAACAACGACCUAGAUCACGAAGAUGAGAAAGUAGCGGAAGCUGCUCAACGCUUCGAAGAUGAGCGAUCACCCUUCGUCAGUGCACUGGCAGAAAUUGUCGAAGAAGGAAAAGACCGACGACUCUGCGCUCAUCACAACUACCACAACAUGCGCAAGCAACAGGCCAAACACAUUGCAGCUUCGGACGAGGACAGUCUGAGGCGAGUCCUCAACGUCGACGAUAUCGUGAAGAUGGUGCAGCGAUAUCCCACCACCAACGAGACCACCCACUAUGCCUGCGUAAUGGACCCUACGCAAGGCGACAUCAAGUGGUGUCGAAGAUGGGUGAAGCCUGUGACUUCAAGGUGGAUACGUGAGCACGCCAGCAACGACUACUGA